CUGUCUUAUCCCUUGCGGCGGCGGCGGUCCCUCAUGAGGUCUUUCAUUUUUGAUCUGAUCUGGGUGGCCUGGUUGCGGGCAUAGUCCUGUAUGGUCUUGUCCUUCUUGUCUGUGCUGGUGUUGGGGUCCUCCUGCCAUUUCUUGCACGCAGCCUCGAGCUCCUGCAGGGCGCGCGGCGCCGCUGGCUGCACCCAAAUCUCGUCGAUGAUCUCCUGGCCAGACUUCCCCUUCUGCAGGGAGGCAGGCCAGGGAGGAGACACACCAACACCACAUCACAGCACAUCACAGCACAUUUGGGUGGAUGAGUGCACACGCAGGGCUUACGUUGAAUUUGCGUCUGAUCUCUUCGCCGGCCUCCUCGUAUCUCUCCUCGGCGAUGAGCUCCAUGAUAGGCAACAUGGCGGCCUGCUCCGAUGGCGUCCGCAGUUCCAUCCAAUCCACCACACGGUCCUGCACGCAGUCACGCACACACGUGAGACGGACCGGCUGGCUAUUCAUCUCUCAGCUGUGCGUUACCACUACUGAGGGCCUUGUGCCUGUCCUCUGCAGCGCCAUCCUGCUGCGGCGCAGCAGGCGACCCACCAUCAGGCACCUCCACGCUGUCAUCCACCUGCAAAUGCCAAUCUUGUGUGAGCAACUGGUGUGACGAAUGCGUCAGCAGGCUGACCAUGCUAUCCGUGCGUCCGGCCUCGUGCUCCUCGCCGCCGUCGUCCUCCUCUUCGCCAACACCCAACACCUGCGCCCACACACAGACACACAGGGCGUGUGAGAGUGGCUUGGGAGGGGCAUCCAUCUCUCGCUCGCCCACCCCCCCGCCCCCCAACAGACCCACCUCCUUCUCUGCUAUGCGGUCCUGCAGGGCCUUCUGCACCGAGGCUGACAACUCGUGGUUCGACACCUGAUGGCAUGCAUACCAUGGAUGGAUGGACACAGAAGGACACAAACCGACAAUGGAGGGCACGGCUCAUGUGUGUCUUCAUUGACUAAUGGCCCACUCACCGGGCUGAUGUCCUGCGGCUCGAUGUCGGCCUGCGCGUAGACGUCACGACGGGACUGAUAAAGACGUCAAUGAUUGAUCCAUCAUCGCGUGUCUGUGUGCGUCUGUGUAUGUAUGUGUGCAUCUAGUCACUUUUUUGUUGCAUUCGGCUUCCUCCUUCUGCUCUAUGGCCCGUUUGCUCCCAACACCAUUGACACCAACACUGCCACCGGCAACACCUGCAACAUACUCACACACACAGCCACACACACGCAUAGAGAGAGAGAUGGGUGGCUGCCGUCCAGGGAGCACAGAAUAUGUACCGUUGAGGGAGAGAUGGUGACUUUGGUGUGAUGCACCUUGUCCCAGCGGUCGUGGACGGUGGUGAGGUGCCCCUCCAUGAUGGUGGCCGUGCGAUGCUGGCCGAUCUCGCCAUACGCCCUCUCCCAUCGGUCCUCUUCACUGGGAUCGUGCACCAGGAGCUUGUACUCGAUCUGGCCGCUAUCGGGGACCGGCUGGAUGGCGAUGGGCUCGCUACUCCAAAUGGGCACUGUGGCGGCACACGUGGUGAGCGGCAGGGCCUUCGCGGCGUUGAAAUCCGGCCCGCCCAAGUUGUCAUAGUUACCGCACACGCGCACCUCCUGCCCCCAGCCGCAUAUGUCGGUGGGCACCUCGGCGACGAACCGCACAGCUGCGCCGUGCCCACCAACAGACUGCAAACAACAAAGGAGAGAAAGAAAGAAGGAUGGAUGCACCCGUUUCGUCGCGCGAAUUCUUGCGGCCUCACCUCCAUCUGCGAUGCCCGCCGACUACUGCUAAUCUGCACUGCAAUGCAUCACCUCUUU